GACGGCUCUCGGUGCCCCGGGGCUCGCUCCGCCGCACCGCCAGGGGGCGGUGCAGCCCGCGGCGCGGGGGCUGCCGGGAGGUGUAGUCACGUGGGCCCGCCGGCUCCCCAUGGUAACGGCGGCGGCGGGUCCGGCGGGCGGUGAGUAUGGCGGGGCCCUCGGCCAGCAAAGAUGCUGCUGUAGAUGAUUGACUCGCUUGUGCCUCACGUGCUAUGGCUCUACAUGGCCACUUCAGGACCAGACCAUGCUAAUCUGGGCCCCAAACAGCAGAGGAGUGUUGGGCCCGAGUCAGGCACCCUUCUGGCUGGGAGACCUCAGCCGUGCUGGGCCUGGCGCUUCGCUCAGCAGCAGGCAAAACCCGCCUGGAAUUUAGAGAAGAGGUAUGUGAGUGCUUUCCAGGAUCGAAUCCUGCUGCCCUCAGGGAUCCCUCUGCAGCAAUCCUGCUUCUUGUGCUCACCGUCACUAUGCCACGCACACCCCACUGAAGACACCCUCCAAAGCCCUCCUGGCACUGCCUCUGCCACGGGAAGGGCGAUGUCUUCCUUGCUGAUGGAAGCCCGCCUGCUUCCUGUGCUGGCAGAGGAGCAGUCUGGGACUGGGGUCAAAGGCUCUGCCCUCGGCUCAGGUCAGCAGGCUGCCAGCUCCUAUAGACCAGUGCUCAAUAACAACUCCUUCCUACGGCCAAGCAGUGCUAAAGUGCCUUUUCUGCAAUCACUGGAGAUGAGAAAGAUGGAAAAACCCCACAAUUCUCUUGCUGCCUCAUGGCCCCACUCUGGGGGCAAUGGAGAUAGCUUCUCUAGCAGCCUGAUCAAUGGAGCAGUGACGAACAGCGACCUUGUGUUGAAGAAAACCGUGGUUCCCUCCCUGCCCCCUGUGCCAAGCAGUGCUGUCCUCAGGAAGGGCCAGUGCUCGUGGCAGGACACUCAGAAGGGAGUUCACAGUUCAAAAGAGAAGGAACCGGAGAAGAAUCUCCUGAAGGCUGUGCAGCAGCUAGCCAGUCAGGCUGCCACACGCAACAGUUUUGGGUGCCAAGUCAAAAGUUCUGGCCUUACAAAGGUGGGCAGCCUCUCCAACUGGGACAGCAAGAGGAGGCAGCACGUCGGAGCGCAGCUCACUCUGAAAGAAACCAUUGCUCCUCUGAACUUGGAGCUGGGGAGCCAUCGCCUUAACAGUAACUUGAGCCUUAGGGGCACCAAUGGUGCCAUUGCCUACCCUAAGCGUGUCAGCGUCUGCCCCUUGGCCUCAUGCGCUGGCGCUCCCGAUGGCAGCUCCAACUGCCAGCUCGUGGGCACACGCAGCCCGCGCACGGGGAAUCAGGUGGUGAGAGCUGAGCCUCUGCACCUCGCUGCUGUCUCUGAAGUGACAAAACAGAUGUCCACCAUUCAACUGGAAAAAGAGAAGAAAUGGGUCCAGGCUGUGGUCCCAGGAAAGCUUGAUGCCACUGCUGAGCAGUCGCUGCUGGAGCCAAGCCAUCCCCAGGAUGAAGCAGAGGAAGAACUUCCUGAUGGCCUGGAUGAGAGCUGCAGUCAGGAGGAGGAGGACAGUGACUCGGACGCUUCCUCUGUGGCUGACAUGUCAUCCAGUGGCUCCAUGACUCUUGUAUCCAGGAAUUGCAUCAAGUGCCUGGCCCAGCCUGCUGAGGCUCAGGAAAAAGUGCUCAAACCAGCUCUUGUCUGCAGUUUAUUCCCCAAUGUGCCUCCAACUAUCUACUUCAGUACUCGGGAUGAGACAGUGGAAAAGCUGCCUUGGGAGCAGAGGAAGCUGCUGCGAUGGAAAAUGUGCGGAGUCACGCCGAACAUUGUGAGGCAAACUGUUUGCAGAUCCCACUUCAGAGUUAGCAAAAAAAGCAAUGACUGGCUGGGUUGCUGGGGCCACCACAUGAAAUCUCCGAGCUUCAGAGCCAUCAGGGAGCACCAAAAGCUAAACCAUUUCCCCGGCUCAUUUCAAAUUGGGAGAAAAGACCGUCUUUGGCGCAACCUGUUGAAGAUGCAGGCUCGCUGUGGGAAAAAGGAGUUUAACUUCUUCCCUCAGUCCUUCAUCCUGCCACAGGACAUCAAAUUACUCAAGAAAGCGUGGGAGGAAGGAGCUAGCCGACAGAAAUGGAUUGUGAAACCACCAGCAUCAGCAAGAGGCAUUGGUAUCCAGGUCAUCCACAAAUGGAGCCAGCUCCCCAAAAGGAGACCACUGUUAGUACAGAGGUAUCUACACAAACCCUACCUCAUUGGCGGGAAGAAGUUUGACCUGAGGAUCUACGUUUACGUCACUUGCUACGAUCCUCUCAGAGUCUACCUGUUCAAGGAUGGAUUGGUUCGCUUUGCCAGCUGCAAGUACUCCUCCUCAAUGGAGAGCCUCAGCAACAAGUUCGUGCACUUAACCAACUACAGUGUGAACAAGAAGAACACAGAGUAUAAGUCCAACUCGGAUGAGACUGCUUGUCAGGGACACAAAUGGGCACUCAAAGCUCUCUGGAAUUACCUGACCCAGAAGGGAGUGAAUAGUGAGGCCAUCUGGGAGAAGAUUAAGGACAUCGUUAUCAAAACCAUCAUUGCAUCUGAGCCCUACGUGAACAGCCUUGUGAAGAUGUACGUGCGCCGGCCAUAUUGCUGCCAUGAGCUGUUUGGGUUUGAUAUCAUGCUGGAUGAAAACCUCAAGCCCUGGAUCUUAGAGGUCAAUAUUUCCCCAAGCCUCCACUCCAACUCACCUCUGGAUGUGAGCAUCAAGGGCCAGAUGAUUCGGGACGUUCUCAACCUUGCCGGCUUUGUUCUGCCCAGCAUGGACAGCGUGGCCUCAAGGCCAGAGACAAGAAGUAGCUCUACCUGCAGUCUGGACAAUACUUUGAAGGAGAAGUCCAAGCCAGUAUCUGAGCAUUUCAGAGCAGAAAAGAUGAAGCAGGCCUAUUACUUGAUGCAGAAGAUACCUGACCAGGAUUUUUAUUCUUCUGUCUUGGACAUCCUGACCCCAGAUGAUGUUCGCAUCCUGGUGGAGACAGAGGAUGAGUAUUCCCGGCGUGGGCAGUUCGAGAGGGUGUUCCCCAGCCACAUCUCUAUGCGGUACCUGCGCUUCUUUGAGCAGCCUCGUUACUUCAACAUCCUGGUGACACAGUGGGAGCUCAAAUACUACUUGAAUAGACAGAAAGGUCUGGAGCUGCUGAAGAAUUGGUGUGUCAAAGGCUACCACACUGGGGCAGGGACAGAUUUGGCCCAGGUGUGGUCGUUGCCAAAGUCUUUCUUACUUCAGAAGAGUAGCAUUCAAUCAAAUGGCUUCAGCAAACUGGAACUGGGCAGACUGGGCACACACUUCCCUUCAGCUGGUGAGGACCUCACAAGAUGCCUGGAGCCCAGCCCUACUCAGAGCUUACCUCUCAACAAGUGCACUGGUGGAGCCAACCAGAGACCUUCUGGCUGCCUCUCGGACACCACCCUGGUGAUGUGACCAGGCAGCCACUGGGGACACAUCAACCUACCUCAAAGGAAGAGACGGGAGCUGGCUCUGUAGAGCAAGGACUGUGGGAGCCCCUUGCACUGCACACUUGCUUGUGGGGCUGUUUUUGGAGAGGAAUGUUUUACUGGAUGAAGAGGAGAGCUGUGUGACUUCAGUUUUCAAAACAAAUGGCAAAGCCUGAGGAAGUGGGGUUUGUCAGGCCUUUGUCCCAGGCUGCUUUUAAAUCCUUUUAUCUGCUGUGUGGGAGCCGGCUGAGCCUGCCCUUCUUGUCCCCAACCAGCAUAGGCUGAGCCCUUGGUUGCCUGUGUCUCUGUGUCCUGAGCUGCUGGCAGCCAAGUGUGCUCCUGCCCUGCUGCAGCCUAGGUCCUGGAGAAAAGUCCCAAAUCGGUACCCCACUCCUCUGGAAGGAGCAGGGCUUGGGACCUUUUCUGAAUGCCGGUGCCAGCAUUCUCUGC